AUGGGACCUAAACGGCAAGGGGAAUCCAGUUUGAUCAGAUGCCCGGCUGAUAUCUUGCACAUGGUGCUGAAGAUGCUUUCAGUCACGGAACACCGUACCCUCUGUCUGGUCAAUCAGGAUAUCCGCGCCAUCGCUGAGCCGUUCCUCUACUCGAAAAUCCAAUGGACUUGGCAAAAGGACCGCCCUGAUUCUCCUCCCCCGAUCACGCAACUCCUGCGGACUCUCCUAUCCAGGCCUCAGCUGGCUGGCUAUAUCACAAACGUCCGCUUGGACGGCUACACCUACCGGAUCGACCGUACGGGGUUUCGAUGGACAAUCCCUCAAAUUCCGAUCCCUAAUGAUGAACUGGACAAACCGAUCGCAUUCAUCCAGCGCAUGGGACUGCCAUAUACUAUCUGCGAAGAUUAUGGGCUGCCCAACUUCGGGCGUCUCCAAGACGUGUCUUUCCUUGUCCCUCAAGGUAGGGACGAAGCUUGGGAUAGAAAAAUCAAAAAUACAGCGGAUGUCCUGCCGUUCUUCUACCUACCUAACGUCCAACGCAUGUCAGCCUCGAUCCAGAACCCGGACGAAUUCAGGUGGUCUAUUUCGCGUUUACCCGAUCCUGCCAAACUGGUCUCGCUUCACCUAACCCAUGUCCGGGAAGGAUAUCUCCGGGAACUCCUCGCAGUCACCAAAAAGCUUAGAACCCUCCGCUGGGAGUGGUAUUUUGAUUAUGGGGUUGAAGAUCAGUUUACAACGCCGAUCAUUGAUCUUCCCAGAUUGCUGCUGCGCUUUCAACUGUUCGAGAUACUUUGA